CCGUGCCAAAAUCCUGGCGCGCCAGCGAGAACUACGUCAUUUUGACGUCACGUUGUCGCGCGACAGGUCGACUGCGGCGAGUAUACCGGGCGCUUAACUGACGCCAUCACACACAGAUUUUCGUAUAUAAUGCUGAAUCAUACAGGAAGUGUAAAACUGCUUUUGUGAUCAGCUGGUGAUUCUCGUUUCGGCAAAAGAAAAAUUUUAUAGAAAAUGACUAAUCCAUACACUUCAUUGAUAAACCACAGAGUAGCUUAAUGAGCCCACACAUGUACCUGUUCUCAGAUGUAGGUACCUGCUGCUAUCGUCUGUCAUUGUCUAGAGAUCAGUGGGGAAACGUUCAGCCUCACGUUAUUACGUCACCCACAUGAGCACGACUUUAAGACUGCUAUCAGUGGACAGUUCACAUUAUUUUUUGCAAGAAAAACUAGUUAAAUUGUGAAGUUACUGUAUGUAAUUAUUUUCAAAUAUCUUCAGACAGAGGAGGUGUUUUUAAACAACAAAACCUUGUAAAACGUCAAUGGCAGCCAGAGAGGAACUUGGAAUAGGAUGCAAGAGCAGUGCAGAUAAAGGAACACACGCAGAACAGGACAGGACGGCAGAGAGGGAGAGAGAAAGAGAGAGGACAUACAGUCAGGCUCUAGCCAGAACAACAUCUCUGUGACUAACCGCUGAAUCCCUGUAAUGCAGGAGAACUGAUGAUCCAACGCACCAGAGGCACCAUGGCUGCUGGAUUGAGGCCACUGAUCUUGCUUGUGUUGCUGCUGUCUUGUUGGCAACUGACCACAGCCAAAGAAGGAAAAUCCACAAAGAAGGGAAAGAAAGGCAAGCAAGUCGUCUGUCCAUCCCAGUUGUCCGCAGAAGAUUUGGCCCAGGUUCCGGCUAACUCAACCUCCAACAUCUUGAACCGUCUGAUGGUCAGUUAUGACCCAAGAAUUAGGCCUAACUUUCAAGGUAUCCCAGUUGAGUCCAGGGUGAACAUCUUCAUUAACAGCUUUGGGUCCAUCCAGGAAACUACUAUGGACUACAGAGUGAACAUAUUUCUUCGUCAGAGAUGGAAUGACCCUCGCCUACGACUUCCUACUGACUUUAAGAGUGAGGCACUAACUAUUGACCCCAACAUGUUCCAGUGUUUGUGGAAACCAGACCUUUUCUUUGCCAAUGAGAAAAAUGCAAACUUCCAUGAUGUCACACAGGACAACAUUCUGCUCUUCAUCUUCCGUAACGGAGAUGUCUUGAUCAGUAUGAGGCUUUCGGUGACACUGUCUUGUCCCUUGGAUCUUACACUCUUCCCAAUGGACACACAGUUGUGUAAGAUGCAGCUGGAGAGCUUUGGCUAUACCACAAGUGAUCUCGUGUUCAUGUGGCAGUCUGACCCAGUUCAGAUGGAUGAGAUUGCCCUUCCUCAGUUCGACAUCAAACAAGAGGACAUAAAAUAUGGAAACUGCACAAAGUACUACCAAGGAACAGGAUACUACACCUGCGUGGAAGUGAUUUUUACAUUGCGUCGGCAGGUUGGUUUCUACCUGAUGGGAGUUUAUGCUCCAACUCUACUGAUUGUUGUUUUGUCCUGGUUAUCAUUCUGGAUCAACCCUGAUGCCUCAGCUGCAAGGGUGCCAUUGGGUAUUUUAUCAGUACUCUCUCUGUCCAGUGAGAGUAUGUCCUUGGCAUCAGAGCUACCAAAGGUUUCCUACGUAAAGGCCAUUGAUAUCUGGCUCAUUGCCUGUCUACUUUUUGGAUUUUCAUCACUGGUGGAAUAUGCUGUUGUGCAGGUGCUACUAAACAGUCCCAAACUAAUUGAAGAGGAGAAAGCCAAAAUGGCGACAAAGGAAAAAGCUUUGAAAGAAAAAGAAGGAAAGAAGCCAUUGAAUAAAACUAACAACACAGUGAAUGGGACUGGUGGAACACCCAUACAUGUCAACACUCUGCAGGUGGUAGAAACUCGCUGUAAGAAAGUUUGCACCUCCAAGUCAGACCUUCGCUCCAAUGACUUCAGCAUCGUGGGAUCUUUACCUCGAGACUUUGAACUUUCCAAUUUUGACUGUUAUGGUAAACCAGUUGAAGUGACAGGGGCCCUCAAGUCCCAGAACAAAGCCAACAAGAAACCCCCACCACCCAAACCUGUCAUACCCGCUGCUGCCAAACGCAUUGACCUCUAUGCAAGAGCCCUCUUUCCCUUCUCCUUCCUCUUCUUCAAUGUCGUCUACUGGUCUGUCUAUCUGUGAGAGGGAGAGGAAGAUACUAGGGUGGAAAUUAAGUGGUUUGUAUCCUGUUGUGGACAAAUGUAGUAUGUAGUGAACUAGUGGUGGCUAUACUGGUAAAAUCAAGAUUUCUAACAUUUCAGAGCCAUGUUUUCAGAGCUGCAGAGACUGCUGUGGUACCCUGGAGAGACCACAGCUACACAACCUUGGAGAGGUUGGCUUGAGCCAGUAGGCACUGCAUGUGUGUCUCUGUCUGAUACAGGACAUUGUGCUUAGAGUAAACUAAUCAUCGCUGUGGUUACCCUACGCAAUACCCUAAUGCUUUUUACUAGGAUUACUGGUAACAAUUCAAAAUGGCCAACAUUAACUGAAUAAGACAUAAAAAAGAAAAUACAAGAAUAUAGACAGAAUAAAUGUAUUGUAAAAGAAAAAACAUUUCAAUAAGUCAUUAAAUAUAACUAUUCAUUUUUAUUGUAUAAGUCCUCAUUUUGAAAGAUUAUCAGUGCCAUUAUGACUAUAUAUAUAUAUUUAUAUAUAUGAAUCCUUUACUUACAAGAUAUCUCAUUAUUAGUUGUAUUAGUUAGCUUUAGAAGCUUUUUAGAUUCAUGAGAAUGUGACCAAACUGUUCAGAUGUCAUUUACACCUAGCUGAUCCGAUCAACAGCGGAAUUAUCAGAUGGCACUCUGAUCUGAUUCUGUAAGGCAUUCUGUUUGCAUGUGUUUUCCUGAUCAAGAUAAACCAGAUAGAGGUCACAUGUCAGUACCAAAGGCAAAUAGGGUCUGAUACCAAUAGAGUAGUGUACUAAUCUAAGUAACCCUAAGUCCCAGAGUGACUUAAGAUGGUGUUCCAUUUAGUUCCAUUUCAGAGCCUGAACCACACCAAUAGUGAACUACUCUCAAGCUUCUAGACGGUUUCUCUAUGGUUAAGGGUUCAGCAUGUUUUAAACGAACCAGUUUGUACUAAGUGUUGUCCAACCAUUUCUAAAUUCAAAAGUGGUUCUAAAUGUUCUCAUUGGAAGGCCUGCUCUCAUAAACAGGGGCUAGAUGGAAUGAAUCAUACAAAUGUGGAUAACAAUGCAUGCUUUCAAACUGCCUCUCCUUAACGGUGUUCAUGCUGUUGGUUGUUCACAUGAAAAGUGUAAAGACUGAAACAAGAGAGCUUGAGAGAGAAGUUAAAAUCCUGCCUACUUUCACACCUCCACACACUUGGUUACUUACUAGUGGGCAUGAUCAGUGUUCUUCAAAAAUUUUGGUUUGUGUUCUGUAGGAUCCUUUAGUCACUAUUGAACUGUGCAGAACUGUUGGGUGCUUUCACACCUACCCAGUUUGGUUUGGUUCAAACUCUGGUGUGUUUCAGUUCUUUUAGAUUGAUGUGAAAGGACAUGAUUUUUUUGUGAUGUGAUUUUAGUAUGAAUUUGUAUGCUAAACUAAAGGUCCAGUAUGUAGGAUUUAUUGCCAUCUAGCAGUAAAAUUGCAGAUUUCAACCAACUGAAUACCACUCACCUUACCAUCCCAUUCUAAGCAUGUAGGUUAAACUACAGUGGUGGCGAAAGUUCUCAUUUGGGCUCCUGUAUAAAAAUGGUGGAGCUGCUCCCUCUGCAGAUAAAAACAGCUCAUCCUAAGGUAACGAACAUAAACUAAUAAAAACUUACGUAUGCAUAUUAUAUUCCAUUUCUGCCAAUAGAUCCUUCUAAGUAUUACACAUUGGACCUUUAAAUCCAUGCAGCCCAUCGACUGACCAUAGGAACUGUCAACAAAGCAAUAUGUAUAAAGUUUUAAGAUUAUAUGAUAACCAUGGUACCACAAAUGCACAUCAUUAUAAAUAAAUGUGUGUAUAUAUAUAGUAUAUACACUUAGAUUUAUAUAUAUUUAUAUUUACAUAGAUUUAUUUUUAUUUUAUUUUUAUUUUUUGUUUUUUAUGGUAACAGACAUUUGGUCAUGCCACACUUUAAUAAUUAUUUCAUAUAUUGUCCCAUACCUAGAAUGGGUAGAAAUAUAUGAACUAAUAUGAACAGAGCAGGUCACAAACUCCAUUUUACUGUCCCUGCAUACCAAGACAUACAUCAACAUACGAGAUGAUCAUUUAUAAAUAUAUAAAUUGCUCAGCAGAUUGCUGUCUUGACAGUUCAUGAUCAGAUGAUGGUUUAAAUACAUUUAUUUAUUUAUUUAUUUUUUAAAGGCGCCUCUCUGAGCACUCGAGGAACACCGUACAAUACAUAAAAAUAAAAAAACAGUAAGAAAUAAGAAACAGACAGGAAAAAGACAAUGUAGAAUAAUAGUUAACUCCGGUUGGUCUGCUUUGUUUUUACACCAUAAAUGAACUGCUCCAGAAUUGUAUUGUAAGUGGAUAUGGACUUUCCUCUUCAGGUGGUCACAGUCCAGUUGUUUGGUCCACAAAAGAGUUCAGUUGAUUGCUUUUACAUGCUUUUUAAGUUUUUAGUCUGCCCAUUUAACUGCAGAUUACCAUGAACAAAAUAUGAUAACAUGCUUUUCUGGCUCUUGCACCAAUUAAUCUAUGUUCUUGGAUCGCAUGCUGUUCAUAAAGUUAUACAUACAUGGUUUUUAUACCAUACCUUUUUAUACCAUACGUCCUCCUGAUUGAGUUGGCGAGAGAGGGAGAUAAACUAUAAAUAGCUUAAACAUUAAGAUAGUCUUCCUGAUGGAAUUUGCGCUCGGCUUCAUUAGAACAUUCCACCAUAUAGAGAUCAUUAGAUCCCUAUAUUCUAGAAUGGUAGCUAACUGCUAGAGCACUUCUGGUGUUAUAUUACACUGAGGUUUUAAGCACCAGUUAAGCUUGGCAUCCAGCUGCUGCACUAUGUAUCAUAUGCCCUUUCUUAAAAUAUAUUGCUAUGUUAUCAAAAAACAGUCUUCAGACAAGUAAACACAGCACUGCUAAGUAUUUGAAAUUAUUUUUUUUAGGAAAGUUCAAUACAAGUUAUUUUACCCAGGAUGUGUUAUAUUUUUUGAUCAAAUGAUCAAACAGGAAAGAGGACAAAAAUAACUGAAGAGAAGAACCUCUUUGUAAUUUUUUUUUGUGAGCCACUUGUAACAUGGAUUUUGAAAGUGCUAUAUGCUGUAAAUAAAGACUAUAUUAUUCAUCCUUA